AUGUGGACUGUGUUUGACUGUUUGAAAAGUAGCAAAAGAGUUCUGUUUGUGAGGAAUUUGAUUCGGGAAGUUGCUGGCUUUGCCCCAUAUGAGAAGAGAAUCACCGAGCUUCUUAAAGUUGGAAAGGAUAAGAGAGCACUAAAAGUGGCUAAGAGAAAGUUGGGAACUCACAAGCGAGCAAAGAAGAAGAGAGAAGAGAUGUCCAGUGUUCUCCGCAAGAUGAGAGCUGGUGGAGGUGGCGAGAAGAAGAAAUGAAACUUGUGUGGUUAAUUCCCAUAAUGUAUAAGGACAUGCUCUAGAUUAAUAUUUUUCUUAUCCAGAAGGAAAUUGAGUGGAUUUUUGAACAUUAUGUUAGAUGAACUGUGAUGUUAUUAGAACUUAUAUUUAAAUUUCUUCAAGUCGUUUUUUUAAUUGCACCUUGCGGCCA